UCCUGGAGGAAGUUCGUCACGUCGCGGUUGUCUCGCACAGCGGAUGUGUGUCGCCGCUUAGGUGACGCUGGGAAGUGCUCGCAGCCCCCGCCGCUGCCUUUCGGUGGAAGCACUAUGGAGGGAGAGAGGAAGAAUAACAACAAACGGUGGUAUUUCACUCGAGAACAGCUGGAGAAUAGCCCUUCGCGUCGUUUCGGCGUGGACUCAGAUAAAGAACUCUCUUACCGCCAGCAGGCGGCCAAUCUACUCCAGGACAUGGGACAACGUCUUAACGUCUCACAACUGACCAUCAACACUGCUAUAGUAUACAUGCACCGAUUCUACAUGAUUCAGUCAUUUACACAGUUUCAUCGAUACUCUAUGGCUCCAGCAGCCUUGUUUCUAGCAGCGAAAGUGGAAGAACAGCCAAAAAAGUUGGAACAUGUCAUCAAAGUAGCACAUACCUGCCUGCAUCCGCAGGAGUCACUCCCUGACACGAGGAGUGAGGCCUACCUACAACAAGUUCAAGAUCUGGUGAUUUUAGAGAGCAUAAUUUUGCAGACCUUAGGGUUUGAACUAACAAUUGAUCACCCACAUACACAUGUGGUAAAGUGCACCCAGCUUGUUCGGGCAAGCAAGGAUUUAGCACAGACAUCUUACUUCAUGGCAACCAACAGCCUGCAUUUGACCACAUUUAGCCUGCAGUACACACCUCCUGUGGUGGCCUGUGUCUGCAUCCAUCUGGCUUGCAAGUGGUCCAACUGGGAGAUCCCAGUCUCAACUGACGGGAAGCACUGGUGGGAGUAUGUUGACGCCACCGUGACCUUGGAACUUUUAGAUGAACUGACACAUGAAUUUCUACAGAUUCUGGAGAAAACUCCCAGCAGGUUGAAACGCAUUCGGAAUUGGAGGGCUUACCAGGCUGCCAUGAAAACCAAACCAGAUGACCGAGGAGCAGAUGAAAACACGUCAGAACAGACAAUCCUCAAUAUGAUUUCUCAGAGCUCUUCAGACACAACUAUUGCUGGCUUAAUGAGCAUGUCAACUACGUCUACCACAAGUGCAGUGCCUUCCCUUCCUGGGUCUGAAGAGUCAUCCAGCAGUCUAGCGAGUGUGGAGAUGUUACAAGGCGAGCGAUGGCUGUCUUCCCAGCCUCCUUUUAAAGCAGAGUCUUCUCAGGGGCAUCGGACUAGUGAGAACUUGGCACUUAGUGAGCAUUCCUUGCAACAUGAUGGUUCAAAUGCAUUUGUUUCCCAGAAGCAGACUAGCAAGAGCGUGCCAUCAGCUAAAGUUUCACUUAAGGAAUACCGUGCAAAGCACGCCGAAGAGCUGGCUGCUCAGAAGAGGCAGCUGGAGAAUAUGGAGGCCAAUGUGAAGUCACAAUACGCAUAUGCUGCCCAGAACCUCCUGUCUCAUGACAGCCAUUCUUCAGUUAUUCUGAAAAUGCCCAUUGAGGGCUCAGAAAACCCUGAACGUUCUUUUCUGGAAAAGGCUGACAAAUCAGCUCUGAAAAUGAGACUCCCAGUGGCUAGUGGAGAUAAAGCAGCCUCUUCGAAACCAGAGGAGAUAAAAAUGCGCAUUAAAGUGCACUCUGCAGGUGAUAAGCACAAUUCUGUAGACGACAGUGUUGCCAAGAGCCGGGAGCACAGAGAGAAGCACAGGACUCACCCAUCUAAUCAUCACCACCAUCACAACCACCACCCACAUAAGCACUCUCACUUACAGCUGCCGGUCGGGACUGUGAAUAAGCGCCCAGGUGAUCCCAAACACAGCAGCCAGACAAGCACCUUAGCACACAAAAGCUACAGCUUGUCCAGUACUUUGUCUUCUUCGAGCUCUGCUCGGAAAAGGGGUCCCCCGGAGGAGCCGGGGGCUGCAGUGUUUGAUCAUCCAGCCAAGAUUGCCAAGAGUACUAAAUCUUCUUCCUUGAAUUUUCCCUUUCCUCCUCUUCCUACAAUGACCCAGUUGCCUGGGCAUAGCUCAGAUACAAGUGGCUUGCCCUUCUCACAGCCUAGCUGUAAAACUCGAGUUCCUCAUAUGAAACUGGAUAAAGGCCCUCCUGGGGCUAAUGGUCACAACACAACUCAGUCAAUAGAUUAUCAAGAUACUGUGAAUAUGCUCCACUCCCUGCUCAGUGCCCAAGGUGUUCAGCCCACUCAGCCCCCUGCGUUUGAAUUUGUCCAUUCUUAUGGUGAAUAUAUGAAUCCGAGAGCUGGUGGCAUCUCCAGAUCUGGCAAUACAGACAAACCUCGACCACCACCCCUCCCGUCAGAACCACCUCCACCUCUUCCACCUCUUCCUAAGUGAAAAAAAAAAAAAAAAAAGAAAAAAAAAGAAAAAAAAAAAAGAGGCAAAAACUUAAACAAAAAACACCUUUCUGUUUUUUUGUUUUGACUACUGAUACUGGACUACGAAAAUUACAUCCCUUAUGAAAUAUGUCACCCUUGGACUAAGGAAUAAAUUGCUAUUGAGACAGGUGGGAGGGUGGUGGAGGGCCUCGGUUAUUAUAUCUGCUGCCUCAUACAUCUAUUUUAUUAUAGCUUGUACUGGUGUCAGAGGUAAGAUUAAUGUUGAAGCUGUGAAGGAUUAAGAACACUUUGUCUGUUCUCGGCCUCUCCUCAUCCUGAGUAGGUUGGUUGGAGUAGCUAUCUUCCCUCUUCUUGCCAGAACUGAAAUGUGGAGGGUAUAAUUAAGCAGUUGUGGAGUCUUUUGGUGUUUAACAUAUCAGAAGAGAGGAAGUAUUUAAACGUCAAAUCUUUAAGAGACUUUUAAAAAUAAUUUAAAGAAAGUAAGUUAUCUGUUUAGUUUUUUUAUAUAAUCGGGAAGGGAAAGGUAUUUGCUGUGUUUAUGAGGAGCACAGCAAUGACCGAUGAGGGUAGGGGUUGGAGGGUGGGAGUGUGUGCAGGGAGGGUGGGAGGGAGGCUUUUGGCCAAGAGUGAAAUAGGCUCAGGCCACUUGAAGUAUUGAGACCGCGCGUGUGUGUGCGUGUGCGUGCGUGCGUGUGUGUGCGUGUGUGUGUGUGUGUGUGUGUGUGUGUGUGUGUGUGUUUAAAAUCAUGUUAUCUUCUUUUCUCCCACUCUUAGCCAUUUUCACAUCUCGGCAUUCUACUAGAGAGCAGUCGGCCUUGAAAACACAGAGGCGUGUAUUGACGUCGUAAAUCAUCCCCAUCCCGCAUCACGUUUAUGUUGUAGCUGAGUAGUAGCCUUCUAGGUUUUAGUUUGGACAAGUGUAGCCAAUGACCUGACUCUAGCACCAUUUUGGAAACUUCAUUUUAAACUCUUUUUUGUGUUUUCUAUGCAGAAUGGAGGUGGAUGGAGGAGGAAGCUGUAGAGCAAGGCCAGCUUCUGCCCUGCAGAAUUGGGCCUUUUCAGGUUGGACUUUGGGAAGACCCAGGUCUCUGAAGGGAGGAAGGCUGUGCUUUGCCUGCUGUUUGACAAAGACCAGACCAUAUGUGAGAAUAGGUUUGGGAGAAGCCAGGGAGUUAAUGAUACUAAAGACAAUGAAAUUGUGAUUUGGGGUUCUGAAGCUUUUGUAUUUAAGUUACAUUAUGAAUGUAAGACUUUGCUUUUUAUCUGUAUAUCUAAUGGGAAACAACUGCAUACUUGCACCUGCAGCCUCUAUGACUUCAGAGAUGAGUUUGAAUUUAACAGCAUUGGUGUAAUGAGUGAGCAGGCCUAGCCAACAGACGCUGUUGUGUUUAGAUGGUUUCUUUUGGGUGGCUUUUGAUUCUAGGCAGAGAUUCUUCAUAGUCCUUUUAAAAAAGUGGAUCAGGGAUCUCCUGUUAUGGCUUGAUUAUUCUAGAUACAAGGAAUGAAGAGUUUUGAUGAAGGAGAUCUUUGAAGAAAUACUGGCCAGAUGAAAAUUCUAUGCCAGGCUGUGUAAACUAAGAAUGCUACCUAGCCACAGAUCAUUGCUAUUCUUUGGUUCAUUGCGUGAAAAAAAAUAUACAUAUGCAUAUGUAUAUAUAUGCACACACGUGUGUGUGGGUUUUGUUUGUUUGUUUGUUUUGUUUUUUGUUUUUGCUAUGGAAAACAUGGUGCUAUAAAAAGAAUUAGUCUCGUUUUAAUGAAGCUUCUGUCAUGCCAAGUAGUCUUUAGGGAGAAGUCAGGUUCUUUUCAUUGAAAAGUCAUAGGGAAACAGAAGUUGUAUGGGUGCUGCUUGCCAAGAACAAGACUAAGCAAAACACUGAGGCAGUUACUAUUGAUGUACUGGCAAUAGAGGAAAGACUGUAGAGGAAGGAAUUUAUCUUUGGGUGACUUUGUGGUUCUUAAUCUGCAUGUUUGAACUGUCUGGAGUGCCUGUGUUGCUGUGCAAAAAAAGGAGCUCCUUGCUGAUCUAUAAACCAGUGAUUUUUCUUGGUAUGCAACUUUUAAAGUGACAUUUUAUUUCUCCUUGGUAUUUCCUGUGUGUGCAAGAUAGAUGUGUCAUCACGAUUACUAAAUUUAGGCUUAGUAUUUGUUGAGAUUUUGUUUUCCAUCCUGACCUUCCCAAAAGGGAAUGUGCCAUUUAGUUUGCAUCUGUGUCUGUGUGUGGAAUUGGCGAUUUGAUUUGGGAAAAUGGCUGUUCUUUUAAUUACUCUCAUUAAUGUCACAUAUUUUCUAAUCACAUGCACUCCCUUACUACAAAGGCUGUCUUAUUUGCUCUCAUAGCAGUUCUUCAUAGUAAUACUGUAGUUAAGUUUCUCAGAACUGUCAGUAGUAGACUAGAAAAAAACUGCUUCCUAGAGCCUAAAGAGCUCCUCCGUGCUGUAGUCUGGUCUUUGUACGUAGAUCAACAGUGAAUUUGGUUAGUUUAGAGACUUUGCUAUAUUAGUUCCUUCUGGUACUGUCUAUAGCUAUCUGCUGCGUCUGCUUUUAGGUCUGUGCAUAGGCCCUGGGCCUUCCUUAUGGGCUCUGCAUGAACUGCUACAUUAUUUUUGGGUUAGCAGAUACACCUGCUGGCUAGCAUGCAUCUUGUCCAAUUUCUGUAUAAAUAAGGCUUCUAAGCCAUGUCUGUCUCUCCUACCUUCAUACCUUCAAAGGGUGAGAAGUAGUAUUUGUAUAUUUAAAAUCAGCCUUGUAAACAUGGCUUUUUGUCUUUUACUUUUACUCUAAACUGUCAAGAAUAAAUGACAGUGGUAAGCAGGCUUGGAGCCUAAACUUCUGUAAAUCUCAUUCCUAAAAUUGUUUGACUUUUGUGUUGGCAGAAAUAAAUACCUGUGGAUUGUCUUUAGGGCUUUUAAUCAUAUACCUGUGUUGUUGGCUAAACUCUGGUGAAUCAUUAACCUAAAGCCACUGUGGCUUCUGAAGUAUCCAGUUAGGCCUUUUGGGUUUAGAAAAUACCUAAGUAUUAGUCUACUUUUCUUAUUCAUGAAUCAUUGUGUUUUUGUAUCUGAGACUCAGCAUCUUUUCUUUCUUGUAAAUGACUCUAGUGUUUUCGUUUAGUGUAUCCCACAUAUUUCUAUAUUAUUAGGUUCACCAGUGGUGAUAGAAAAAUGAAAAAAUCUCCAAUUGCAAACAGCAGUAGAUUUGAGUAUUGAAACAAUCAUGGUAAGAUCACUGCUGGGUUUCCUGAAGCCUUUGCAGCCUAAUUCCUUAUAACCUUUCACACUUGCUUCUAGAUAAAGGCAAUUGGAGGGUCCUAUCUAUCCUAGUAUGGUUGGAAUCUAAAUAUGUGCGUUUCCAUUAUUUUGGGAACUGAUUUAUUUUUUUAAAGAUUUUUUUCUUUUGUUGGUGAGUUAUUUUGAUACUCAUGCUAGGAAAGGGAGAAACAUCUUGAGAUUGGAAUGCCUAUUUUAUUCUCUCAGUUUGGGAGAAUUGAAGCAGUCUAUGCAAGCCACCAGGCAGUGAGAAAUAGCUCUCCACCAUCCCACUGAGUGUUCAGCCACUUGCACACCUCCCCAAGGGUCUUGGCCUUGAUGGUUUAGGAAACACUCUUGUUGUACCACACUGUCAUUUAUUUCUCAUCCCUCAGUGGGUGUAAGUUUGAAAGAUUAAUGGUACUGUACUCUUAGUUGAUGGAGUGGUCUAAUUCAGAAUUGUUUUCCAAGUGGGUGAGCUCUCCGUUUUAGUAUUUCUAAAGUUUUUAAUAUGAACUUGGCAAUGGAAAGAGGAGGGCAAUGAAUGUUUAAUAAAGAUCAGUGUCUGCGCUGUUCCUUCGAGUGUGGAUUCCUGUUUGUGUGAGGAGAAACUCCUGGGCUUUGUGUUGCCAUGUGAGCUGUGGAGAGGGAUGCUUGACAGCAUGUUCACUGAAGCCAGAGCAAGUGUGUCUGCCAUCAGGUAAUCUGGAAAUGCUAGUGGACAGUGCAGAGAGGUGAUUAGCUGAUGACCUUACUGAAAUCACUUGUAAAGCCAGAAGGGCUGUCUGGCCUGUGAACCUGAAGAAAACAGUGCAGCAGGCUCAUGUAGAUGUAUUUAGGGAUCUGAACUGGAAACUGACCUGUAUUACCUGACUUUCCACACAUAAAACUGUCCAUUUUCUUAUCAGACCAAAGAGCAAAAAGAAAAAAUGAAAAAGCGAAGUUACACUUUACCGGUUUUUGUCACUCAGGUACAAUUUUGUGGUGAGUUGUUUCUCUUCUUUGUUUUCGUCUGAUUUUUUGUACUGCUCAGCAUAUUGUUCUGCUGUUGCCUCUGUUCUCCGCGGGGCACCUCAGUUCUGGGUGCUGCUACUCCUGGGAUCUCUACUGCUGUUAGGUGAAUGACGACAGGAUGUAAGUGACCGUUAUCAUAAGGGCUCUUUGUAAAAAACUUCAAAAACUCAAAAAAAAAUUUUAAAGAAGGAUGUUGUAUACAUUUUAUAGUCUGGCUAUCAGUUUGAUACCUUGCUGUCAAGUAUGUUUCUCAAUCUGUAUUUAUCCAUCCCAUCAAUAAACGUUAAACGAUAAA